UUACGAAGAUAGUGCUCAUUUCAGGGCAUGCUCGCCUGUGCCUCGCCUACCAAUGGCUGCUCGCCCGUCACGAGCGCGCCUGUUUCAUUUCCUCUUUCUGUCAGCCCUACUCUCUCCCCUGUACGCUCCUUCUCAAGCAUAUUUCUUUCGUCCCGUGGUAGCUGUUGACAGCGAUAUUCCUCGCCAGUCCGAUGGCGUUGCCACUACCGCUUCGAAACGCGCUUUCGCCGCGAACCUUACUCCCCGAAGACACCUGGCCGCCUCACCACCCAUCCCCGCUGGCCGCCCUGCCAUUCCUUCUGCCGAGCCUAGCUCCGCGUGGAAGCGCGCGAUGGCGGCGCUGAAGCCCGCCAUGUUCGCCGCGGUGGCCGCCAUGUCCGUCGGCGCGGAGAGCGACGUGCCCACUGCUGCGCUCCGGCCGCUGCUGGCGCCCGGCGUGGUGGCCACGGCCAAGGUCCGACUGCUCGGUGCGGCGGAUCUGAAAGAAGGGAUUGACUGGGAAGGGCUGAAAUGUAGCGCGGAAGGCACGCUGACGCCGCCCUAUUCCUCGGCCGUAGCGCUGCUGUACCUGCGGCUCGAGCAGGGCGACUUGUCCGCGCCUCUGACGUCGCGCACGUGGCCGUUCGCCGACUCGGCGCAGGGCGCGCCGGUGUACGCCACGGCCCUCACGUUCCUGUCGCCCGUCGUGUCCUUCCGCAUCUACCCCAGCGCCCCCGUGGGCCCAGCGGCGCAGCAGCAAGAGUUGAGUCUGCUGAAUUUGGAAAGGGGGUUCGGCGCUAUUCAAGUAUCGUUCAACGUGUCGAAUGCCCUGCUUGCUCGGCCACGCAGAUGCACUCUGAUCGACCUCCAGGGGGGUGUGGACCAGCAGACGAUGUCGGCUACAGGCGCAGCUGUCCUAGAGCAGUGCUAUAAGCCGAGCACUUUCAACAGCACCUAUUUCUUCGCGCUCACAGAGCCCGUGGACGUCAAAUACCAGGUGAAGCUUCCGCCGCCCCCUCCGCCAUCCCCUCCGCCUCCGCCCAGCCCCCCGUCCCCACCCCCGCCUCCCCUGGCUCCCCCUCCCCCCCCUCCCCCCGCCCCGCCUUCUCCCCCGCCGGAUGGAGGCAGCAACACGGGCCUGUACAUGGGCAUAGGCAUUGGCGUGGGCCUGGCGGUGCUGCUGCUGGCAGGCGCCGUGGCAGCGCUCGUGUAUGUCUGGACGGUCAGGCGGAAAAAGAACGCUCAGUCACAGCCUGAGGGGAAGGUGGGCCGCGCGCAGCUGCUCGCGGCAAUGUCAUCUUUCAAAGGGAGUUCGAAGGGUUCUUCACGGUCCUCAACUAAGGAGGACGGAUGAUUAGAGUGCGGGUGGUCGUAGCUUAGGAGCAAGCAACGUUCCAAGGGGUCUCUCUCUGGUGGAUCCGAAGGCUGAGUACUUGUUUGCAUACCAUUUGAUAGGCUCAGUUAAGUAUAUCUACUCUAUAUCUGGGGCAAAUUCUUACUGCAAGAGUGUACGUUAUCUUAUUCCU